ACCAGCAUGAUGUUCGUGUUACUCGCAUUAUCGCUUUCCAAGACCAGCAUGAUGUUCGUGUUACUCGCAUUAUCGCUUUCCAAGACCAGCAUGAUGUUCGUGUUACUCGCAUUAUCGCUUUCCAAGACCAGCAUGAUGUUCGUGUUAUUCAUGUUAUCGCUUUCCAAGACCAGCAUGAUCUUCGUGUUAUUCAUGUUAUCGCUUUCCAAGACCAGCACGAUCUUCGUGUUAUUCAUGUUAUCGCUUUCCAAGACCAGCACGAUCUUCGUGUUAUUCAUGUUAUCGCUUUCCAAGACCAGCACGAUCUUCGUGUUACUCAUGUUAUCGCUUUCCAAGACCAGCACGAUCUUCGUGUUACUCGUAUAAAUAUGGUAACAAGCUGGCUUGACGGGUGUUUUGUCUACAGCACCAGUACAGCUUGGGUGAAUUCCAUGAGAUCUUUCAAAAAUGGAACGUUUCGUCAAAGCAAGGAUGGAAACUAUCCGCCAAAAAACGCUGAGAGGGCGCCACUGUUCAAUUUUCCACCACCCAAUUAUUUCGGAAAAGUGAAUCCGGAGAGAUUAUUCCUUCUUGGAAAUCCUCAAACCAACCAGGACCCAGCUCUCUUGUCUUUUGGGAUUCUCUUUUUCCGCUGGCAUAAUGUCCUGGCCUCAAGAAUCCAAGAGGAACAUCCCGAGUGGUCGGACGAAGAUGUUUUCCACAGAGCCAGACAAUGGGUAAUUGCCACUUUACAAAACGUCAUUAUGUAUGAAUUCCUGCCAGCGCUCCUGGGUGAAGAUCUUGCUGAGUAUACGGGAUACAACCCUGACGUUCAUCCUGGAAUAUCCCAUGUCUUCCAGAGUGCAGCUUUCCGGUUUGGCCACUCCUUGAUCCCCCCGGGUUUGUACCACAGGGAUGGACAGUGUAACUUCAGGCCUACCAAGAAAGGUUACCCAGCAUUACGAUUGUGUUCCACCUGGUGGGAAUCUGAUGUCAUUGUCCCAGAAACUGGGCUAGAAGAGAUUCUAAUGGGAUUAGCCUCGCAGAUUGGAGAAAAAGAAGAUGAAUUACUUUGUUCUGACGUCAGAGACAACUUGUUUGGUCCUCUCCACUUUACCCGUCGUGACCUUGGAGCUAUUAACAUUAUGAGUGGUCGAGACAGCGGCCUUUCGGACUACAAUACCGUUCGGAAGAUCCACGAGCUCCCACCUGUGUCCUCGUGGGCCGAAAUAAAUCCCGAUUUGUUCAAGAAACGACCUAAUUUAAGUCAACAGCUUGAAAAAUUGUACGGCAGUGUGGAUAAGCUUGAUGUGUUUGUUGGUGGCAUGCUGGAGACUCGAGCAGGAAAACCAGGUUCACUAUUCAGGAAGAUCAUCAAGGAACAGUUCCAGAACAUUCGAAAAGCAGACCGAUUCUGGUUCGAAAAUGAAAGAAAUAGGAUUUUUACACCGGAAGAAAUUCAGAAAAUUCGGGGAAUUCACUUGUAUGACAUCAUAAUAGACUCUACAAGCAUUCAACCCGGUCAAAUUCAAGAACAUGUUUUCAUGUGGACGGAAGGCGACCCAUGUCCACAACCGAUGCAACUUAACGGUUCUAAUCUCGGACCCUGCAUCUUCUUGGAAAGUUACGACUAUUUUCACGGUAGUGAAGUGGCUUUCAUUUUUUCAUGUAUGGCACUGGCGUUCAUACCAAUUAUCUGCGCUGGCCUGGGUUACGCUGUCAUUAAAAUCCAAAAUCGCAGGAGGAGGAGAUGUCGAACUCAAAUAAGGGAUAAAACGGAGAAUGGCUAUAAAAAGCUUUAUGUAAAGGAAUGGGUAAACCACAAUUUUAAGCGCCUGGUAAAGUUAAAGAUCGGACCAGACGAUACAAUUUACACAAUCAACCGCAAGGGGGAGAUACUACGAAAGGUGGAUUUUAAAAAUGUGAGAUCUUUGGUUGUCGAGAUUUCUCAGGAAACUGACAAGAAGCCGUUGGUUCUGAUUCGAUGCCCACGUGACUACGACUUUGCGUUUGGUCUCAAACCCGGAGAUAAGACAAAGGCCGAAGAAACAAAUAGCAACGUUACCAUGGUUAUGCAGAUAGCACUAUCUAGAAAAGAGUUUGCAGAAGCUUUGGGGAUGAAAUCGGAUAGUAUGUUUGUUAAGCUGAUGUUCAACUGCGUGGACAAAGACAAAAAUGGAAGGAUCAGUUUUCAAGAGUUCUUAGAUACUGUUUUGAUGUUAUCAAAAGGCAAAACUGAAGAUAAACUGAAGAUAAUAUUCGAAAUGUUUGACGAUGACGGAAAUGGCCUUAUCGAUAAGGGGGAACUGAUGAAGAUGUUGGGCUCCCUAGUGGACAUAGCUAAAACUAAAUCCUUAACAGAGGAGCAAGUAACGGACACAAUCGCAGGAAUGUUUGCAGUGGCUGGGUUGGAGGAUAAAGAGAAACUCGACUUCAAAGACUUCAAGAGCAUGAUGAGUGAAUACAGGGGAGAUUUGAUUUCCAUUGGUUUAGAUUUCAAAGGAGCGAAACAAAACUUUUGGGUUGAUUCGAAGAAUACUACAAGAAUGAUCAGCUUCCAAAUCCCCCAAACCAACGAAAAACCGCCAAUCUGGAUCCAUCAGAAAUGGAACAACCUGGUAAACCCUCUAGAGGAAAAUCGACAGCAAGUUUUUUAUCUUUUCAUAUUUGGUGUCAUCAACGUUGUCUUCUUCGUUGAACGCUUCUUGUAUUAUACGUAUUAUGCCGAACAGACGGACCUACGUCACAUACUUGGACUAGGCAUAAGCUUUACUCGUGCGUCAGCAGCUUCCUUAUCCUUCUGUUAUUCUUUGCUGCUGCUGACCAUGUGUAGGAACUUGAUCACCAAAAUACGAGAUCAUUCCAUCCACCAGUACAUUCCUCUGGAUUCACAUGUUCAAUUCCACAAAAUUGUAGCCAUGACAGCCUUGUUUUUCACGGUGAUCCAUUCCGUCGGGCACUUAAUUAAUUUCUACCAGUUGUCUACACAGCCGCUAGGACAUCUCCGUUGUUUAUCGAAGGAAUUACAGUUUGCGUAA